AUGGCUCCAUAUGAUAGCGACUCAUCUGAUGGUGAGGACAACGACUAUACGGUGACCAACGUCCUGCUGGGUUAUUCGUCCGAAGAAGCAAAGGACGAUACAAUCAGCCAUCUUGGAGGGAGACCAACCUGGAUCGACCCAUCUACCCCGCCAUCGGCCGCCCUCGCGAGAUGCAAAGUGUGCCAUGAUAUCAUGGUCCUUCUCUUGCAGUUAAAUGGAGAGCUCCCCGAUUUCCCAGGACACGAGAGACGACUGUACGUCCUGACAUGCCGGCGCAAGACCUGCAGGCGUAAGGAAGGGAGCGUGAGACUGUUGCGCGGGGUCAGGAUAUCAGAACCUCCAAAGGAGAAGAGGAAGGAGAACGAGAAGGGACCAAAGCAAGAAACACAAGCACCAAAACCAGCCAUUAAUAUUGGAGAGACCCUAUUUGGCGCAAAGCCUCUAUCAGAUCCAGCCUCCGCAAACCCAUUCUCAACGAACGCAACAAGUUCGACUUCUCAAAACCCCUUCUCAACAUCUUCCUCAAAAGCUUCCAGUAAUCCCUUCGCAGCUGCAGGUCUGCCAUCACCAUCAGAGCUAGCAGCCAAGCCACCCCAAUCCCCAGCCUCGGACCUUCCGAAGACCUUUGCAUCUGCCCUCUCCCUCAACAACGACGCUCCCAAAUUCGGACCGCCGCCACCACCCGAACCGUGGCCCCAAGAAUCCGAGCUUCCUCCCCCAUACCCGCUCUACUAUCUCGAUCCCGACUACGAGGAACUCGACAAGAUAGAAGACGUCCCCAUCCCAACCCCGACCAUGGAUCUUGACGAAGGCGGCGGCUCCGGCGGCAACCAGAAGGAAGACAAGGUCGUCUACGAAAGCACGAUUGACAAGACGUUCCAGAAGUUCGCGGACCGGCUGGCGCAGAACCCAGAGCAGGUUCUCCGGUACGAGUUCAAGGGACAGCCCUUACUAUAUUCGAAAAACGACGCCGUGGGGAAGUUACUGGCAGGCUCCUCGGCGAAGGAUCAUGCGAAGGUCACGACGAGCGGGGGAAGUGGGAAUGGGAUGCCGAGAUGUGCGAACUGUGGGGCGGGCAGGGUGUUUGAGCUGCAGCUGACGCCGCAUGCCAUUAUGGAACUGGAGAGAGAUGAGCCGGGCAUUGAUGGUAUGGAGUGGGGAACCAUCAUCUGUGGUGUCUGUGAGAGAGAUUGUCAGCAAAAGGGGGUGGACAAGGGCGUGGGGUAUGUGGAGGAAUGGGCAGGUGUGCAGUGGGAAGAGCUUAGUGAGAGAAGAUGA